CCAGGAUUGGCAGGUCUGCGUAGGCCAGGAGCUGCACCAGCCGCGGAAGCACCCCAACCUCCACCACCACAUGGAUGCGAUCAUUCGAGCCAUCUGUCAGGAGCCUACAACUCUCUUCCUAGCCUCUUCUCCUUCUUCUUCCUUCCUGCUUCUGCCUUGUGCCUAACCCCGAGCCAAGAUGCCUGGCGGAUACAAAGGAGAAUGCGGGGAUGAUGUGGAUCCUAUGCCAUUUCUGGCUCCUAGCGAGAAAGAGAGGAUUGAGGCUAUAAGCAAGCCGUACGAUAUCAAGAAGUCUGUCUGGGUCAAGGAUGAAAAGGAGGGAUUUGUCGCUGGAGAGAUCCAAUCCGAGACGGAUACCCAAGUCACUGUGAAGACGGUGGCCAAUCAGACGGUUACCGUUAAGAAGGAUGAUGUCCAGCAGAUGAACCCACCCAAAUUCUACCAGGUCAAUGACAUGGCCAACAUGACCUUCCUAAACGAAGCCAGUGUCUUAGACAACCUGCGCCAGCGUUAUGUCCUGAUGAGGAUCUAUACCUACUCUGGCCUCUUCUGUGUCACCAUCAACCCUUAUAAGUGGCUGCCCAUCUACGGAUCCAGAGUGGCCCAGAUGUAUAAGGGCAGGAAGCGCACAGAGAUGCCACCUCACCUCUUCUCCAUCUCUGACAACGCCUACCAUGACAUGCUCAUGGAGCGUGAAAACCAGUCUAUGCUGAUCACUGGAGAAUCCGGAGCUGGCAAGACUGAAAAUACAAAGAAAGUUAUUCAGUACUUUGCCAACAUCGGUGGCACUGGCAAGGCCUCUACUGAUUCGAAGGGGUCCCUGGAAGAUCAAAUCAUCCAGGCUAACCCUGUACUGGAAGCCUUUGGAAAUGCCAAAACAACGAGGAACAACAAUUCUUCCCGCUUUGGUAAAUUCAUCCGAAUCCACUUUGGCAGCACAGGAAAACUGGCUGGAGCUGACAUUGAGAGUUAUCUCCUAGAGAAAUCUCGGGUCAUCUCUCAGCAACCUGCUGAAAGGGGCUAUCACAUCUUCUACCAGCUCCUCUCCAAUAAGAAGCCGGAUCUUGUUUCAUCCUUGCUUUGUGUGCCGGACCCCAAGGAGUACCACUGGACAAGCCAAGGAGUCACGAUUGUUGACAAUAUGGAUGACGGAGAGGAGCUGCUUCUCACAGAUGUGGCCUUUGACGUCCUAGGCUUCACUCAAGAAGAGAAGAUAAGCGUUUACAAGCUGACGGGAGGCAUAAUGCACUUCGGCAACAUGAAAUUCAAGCAGAAGCCAAGAGAGGAGCAGGCAGAAGUUGACACCGCUGAAGUGGCCGACAAAGUCGCCCACCUCAUGGCUCUCAACUCCGGGGAACUCCAGAAGGGCAUCACCCGGCCCCGGGUGAAAGUGGGCAACGAGUUUGUGCAGAAGGGGCAGAACAUGGACCAGUGCCACAACUCCGUCGGUGCCCUGGGCAAAGCCGUCUACGACAAGAUGUUCAAGUGGCUAGUCAUCAGGAUCAACAAGACCCUGGACACCAAGAUGCAAAGGCAGUUCUUUAUCGGGGUGCUGGAUAUCGCCGGCUUUGAAAUCUUUGAGUUCAACAGCUUCGAGCAGCUCUGCAUCAACUUCACCAACGAGAAGCUGCAGCAGUUCUUCAACCACCACAUGUUUGUGCUGGAGCAGGAAGAGUACAAGCGAGAAGGGAUCGACUGGGUCUUCAUUGACUUUGGUCUGGAUCUGCAGGCUUGCAUUGAGCUCCUGGAAAAGCCCAUGGGCAUCUUCUCCAUCCUUGAAGAGCAGUGUGUGUUCCCCAAGGCAACAGAUGCUACCUUCAAGGCUGCUCUCUAUGACAAUCAUCUCGGGAAGUCCCCCAACUUUCUGAAGCCCAAAGGAGGCAAAGGCAAAGGGGCUGAAGCCCACUUUGAACUGGUGCAUUAUGCUGGCACAGUGGGUUACAAUAUCACCGGGUGGCUGGAGAAGAACAAGGACCCCCUGAAUGAAACGGUGGUGGGCUUGUUCCAGAAGUCUGGGAUGGCCCUGCUCUGCACUCUCUUCAAAGAAGAGGAGGCCGCAGCUGGAACAACCAAGAAGCAGAAAAGGGGGUCCUCCUUUAUGACUGUCUCCAACUUCUAUAGGGAGCAGUUGAACAAGCUGAUGACCACCUUGCACAGCACAGCCCCUCAUUUCGUCCGCUGCAUCGUUCCUAAUGAGUUCAAGCAAUCCGGUGUGGUGGAUGCGCACCUGAUUUUGCACCAACUGGCAUGUAACGGCGUUUUGGAAGGUAUCCGUAUUUGCCGGAAAGGUUUCCCCAACAGGUUGCAGUACCCUGAGUUCAAGCAAAGGUACCAGGUGCUGAACCCCAACGUGAUCCCUCAGGGAUUCGUGGACAACAAGAAGGCCUCAGAACUUCUCCUGGGAUCUCUGGACCUGGGAGAGAAUGAGUACAAAAUUGGGCAUACAAAGGUCUUCUUUCGCGCUGGAAUCUUGGCCAAGUUGGAAGACAUGCGAGACGACCGAUUGGCAAAGAUCAUGACCAUGCUACAGUGCAGGGGCCGGGGCUUCCUGAUGAGGAUUGAGUUCAAGAAGAUGCUAGACAGAAGGCUGGGCCUGAUGCUUAUCCAGAGGAAUGUCCGCAACUUCUUGCAGAUGCGGUACUGGGGCUGGUGGAAGCUCUAUAACAAGGUCAAACCUCUGCUGAAUGUGGCCCGGCAAGAGGAGGAAAUGAAAGCAAAGGAGGAGGAACUGAGGAGCGCCAUGUCAAAGACGCAGGAGCUGAUGGACCGUGUCAAAGAGCUGGAAGAAAAGACAAACAGCCUCAUCCAGGAGAAGAAUGACUUGACUAUCCAGCUGCAGGCCGAGCAAGAGAAUCUGAUGGAUUCUGAGGAACGCCUGACCCAAAUGAUGAAAUCCAAGAUGGACCUGGAGAGUCAGAUCUCAGAUAUGAAAGAGCGCUUGGAGGAGGAGGAAGGCGCAGCGGCAUCUCUGGGUGCCAACAAGCGCAAACUGGAGGGAGAGCUCACGGAUCUCAAGAGGGACCUUGAGGGCCUAGAAACCACCCUCGCCAAGACAGAGAAGGAGAAGCAGGCUUUGGACCACAGAGUCAGAACCCUGACCACGGACCUUUCGGCACGGGAAGACUCUGUCACCAAACUCCAGAAGGAGAAGCGGGCUCUGGAGGAGUUGCACCAGAAAACGCUGGACGACCUUCAGGCUGAGGAGGACAAAGUGAAUCAUCUCACCAAAAACAACAGCAAACUUAGCACUCAGAUACAUGAGCUGGAGGACAACUGGGAGCAGGAGAAGAAGAUUCGUGCUGAGGUGGAGAAGGCCCGCCGCAAGGCUGAGGGCGACUUAAAGAUGACCAUUGAGAACCUCAACGAGAUGGAAAGGGCAAAGCUUGAUUUGGAGGAGGUGGUCAAGAAGCGAGACAUGGAAAUCAACUCCAUCACCGGCAAAGUGGAAGAUGAGCAGUCCCUGAACUCCACACUCCAGAGGAAACUGAAGGAGCAUCAGGCCCGGAUCGAAGAGCUGGAGGAAGAACUUGAAGCAGAACGUUCUAUAAGGGCAAAGGUUGAGAAGCAGCGCAGCGACAUCUCCCGGGAACUGGAAGAGCUCAGUGACAGGCUGGAAGAGGCUGGCGGGGCGACCACCUCUCAGAUUGAGCAGAACCGCAAGCGGGAGGCCGAGCUGCUGAAGCUCCGCCGGGAACUGGAGGAGGCUGCCUUGCAGAGUGAGGCCACGGCUUCCACCCUCCGCAAGAAGCACACGGACGCCAUGGCGGAGAUGACUGAGCACCUUGAGAACCUGCAGAGGGUGAAGUCCAAGCUGGAGAAAGACAAGCAGGUCAUGAAGGCUGAGAUUGAAGACCUCAGCGCCAGCAUGGAGACCAUCCAGAAGUCCAAGAUGAAUGCUGAUGCUCAUGUCCGCAAGCUGGAAGACAACCUGUCUGAAGCCAACGCAAGGCUGGCCGAGAUGGAGAAGAACCAUGCGGAAGUGAAUGCGAUCAGGAGCAGGCUCCAAGCUGAGAACAGCGAGCUGAGUCGGGAGCACGAGGAGAGCCAGACGAGGCUGAACCAGGUUCUCCGCGUCAAGACGUCCCUCACCUCCCAGGUGGACGACUUCAAGCGGCAGCUUGACGAAGAGUCCAAGGCUCGGAGCGCCGCCGUGGUAAGUCUGGCCAACACCAAGCAUGACCUGGACCUGAUCAAAGAGCAGCUGGAGGAAGAGCAAGGUGGGAAAUCAGAGCUGCAACGCUUGGUCUCCAAGCUCAACACCGAAGUCACCACGUGGAGGACCAAAUAUGAAACGGAUGCCAUUCAGAGGACAGAGGAGCUAGAAGAAACCAAGAGAAAGUUGACUGCCCGGCUCCAGGAGGCAGAGGAGACGGCUGAAACGGCUCAAGCCCGGGUGGCCAGCAUGGAGAAGAACAAGCAGAGGCUGCAGAUGGAAGUGGAAGACCUCACUCUGGAUCUCGAGAAGGCCAAUGCAGCCUGCGCAGCCCUGGACAAGAAGCAGAGAGCCUUUGACAAGAUGCUAGCGGAGUGGCACCAGAAGUGCGAGGAGCUGCAGCUGGAGGUGGACAACUCCCAGAAGGAGUGCCGCAUGUACAUGACAGAGAACUUCAAGCUCAAGACGGCCUACGAGGAAUCCUUGGAGCACUUGGAAUCUGUGAAGAAGGAUAACAAGACCCUCCAGGAGGAGAUUAAAGAUCUGAUCGACCAGCUGGGCGAGGGCGGAAGGAGUGUCCAUGAGCUGCAGAAGAUGAAGAAGAAACUGGAGCUCGAGAAGGACGAGCUGCAGGUGGCCCUGGAAGAAGCGGAAUCGACCCUGGAGGUGGAAGAGAGCAAGCUUAUCCGCAUCCAACUUGAACUGGCGCAAGUCAAGGCAGACAUUGACAGGAGAAUUCAUGAGAAGGAGGAAGAGUUUGAGGCCACAAGGAAAAACCACCAGCGGGCCAUUGAGGCCCUUCAGUCCAGCCUGGAGCUGGAGGCAAAAGGCCGGGCUGAGGCGCUCCGUCUGAAAAAGAAGAUGGAGACCGACCUGAACGAGAUGGAGAUCCAGCUGGACCAUGCCAACAGGAACAACAGUGAGCUGGUCAAGACGCUGAAGAAACUCCAGCAACAGAUCAAGGACCUCCAGAUCCAGAUGGACGAGGAUGCCCGCCAGCAUGAAGAGCUCCGGGAACAGUACAAUCUCCAGGAGCGCCGCCUCAGCCUUCUCCAAACAGAGCUGGAGGAAGUUCGCACCGGCCUGGAGGGCAGCGAGCGCUCCCGCAAACUGCUUGAGCAGGAAUUGGUGGAGGUCUCCGAGAGGCACAAUGAACUCAGCGUCCAGAACCAAAGCCUGCUGGUGAUCAAGAGGAAACUGGAAUCUGACCUCCAGCGCCUCACUAAUGAUCACGAGGAGCUCAUCAGCGAGUUCCGAACGGCGGACGAGAAAGCAAAGAAGGCAGUGGCCGAUGCGACCCGCAUGGCAGAGGAGCUGCGCCAGGAGCAAGAUCACUCCAUGCACCUGGAGAGGAUUAAGAAGAACCACGAGGUCACCAUAAAAGACCUGCAAGUCAAGAUGGAGGAAGCUGAGCAAAUGGCCCUGAAAGGAGGGAAGCGAACCAUCAUGAAGCUCGAGACCAAGAUCAAGGAGCUGGAAACAGAGCUGGACUCGGAGCAGAAGCGCCACGUGGAGACGAUGAAAAUCGUGCACAAGAACGAGCGUCGCCUGAAGGAGCUGGUCUUCCAAACGGAGGAGGACCACAAGACCAACCAGCGCUUGCAGGAGCUGGUGGAGAAGCUGCAGAACAAGAUGAAGACCUACAAGAGGCAGAUCGAGGAAGCUGAAGAACAGGCUAACCAGAGUCUGGCGAGGUACCGGAAGACGGUGCAUGAGUUGGACGAUGCUGAAGAGAGGGCUGGAAUGGCUGAGUCGGCCCUGAACAAACUACGCACGAGGCACAGAGUCUCAGCAGGCAAAGCAUUCACCUCCGUAGAAAUAAUCCAGGUUGCCAAGUCCUCCAGCUCCUCCAAGUCAACGGCUGAGGAAUAGCUCCCGUCUCUUUGGACCUGCAGC